ACGACAGGCAUCAUUCUAAAAGUGCCCGGUGUCCAAAAUAUACUGGUGACUUUUGUUUAUUUUGGUUUGUUUGGAUCUUUAUCUUGUGGAAGUGUAUCGAUAUUGGUGUCAAUGUUAUUGGUAAAAUCAGAUUCAGCGUUGAAGUUCAUCCCGUCUGUAAGGCUGAUCAACAACCUUAGCCUUCGCAAAGGAAGUCGAACAGGAAACACAGGCAACCCGUUGGAAUUCCAAGUGCUCACGCAGAUUCAAUACGUGCCCUGACUGAGGAUAUCUAGCGCUACACCGUUCAGCAGACCGAACGCAGUAAACAUGGUGCAAGACCAGUCGAAAACCCGCAGCCCAGGCGCCUGUACGCUUCAACGUCAGCCAGAAAAACCAUCGGCAAAUGUUAAACAAAUGAAAAUGACCCCUCCAGCGGGGUCCACUUUUGGCAAUUCACAAAAGGAUGGUUCCGCCAAACAGAACUAUUCGGCCGUUUGGGGACCGCACUUCAAAAAUCGUGAUCAUUUCGUUAGUAUGCAUUUUUCAUAAUUCGAUUCGAACCCAGAAAAUUAUUGAGGUGGUAUUGUUUCGGAAGAAUUGGAAAUUUCGUUUGUAAAUUAUGUUUUGUUGAAUGAAUAAACAAAAUUUAGAUUGGC